AAGUCCUUGCAGUCUUGGAAAGAUACGCGAUCGUCGCACCGAUCCCCUGGGACGAUCGCAUACACCACUUGCGCCGCAACCUUGCCUUCAUCCUGCGAACCUAGGGAUCUGCACAUUGCAGCCGAAUUAUCAAGGACAAUUCAAAGCCCCCUGCGCCGUACUGUCCGGUCGAUCACUUAAAUCAGUCGGUAUCUCGAUCUUGGCGAAGCACUGCAAGGGAUUUUCGAUCACUGGAAGCCAGGCCAGACCACAGGAGAACCUUACUCACUGCCUUUUGACAUGCAGCGAUAGCCCUUGGGAAAACUGGUCGUUCGUCAACAUGGCCAGCCAAUUGGUCUCACUCGGAGGCUGGUACUUCCUGCCAAAUCUGGUCACAGGUUAUGCACAAACAGCCGCCUACUCGAUAUUCAUUCGAGCCGGUGACCCCAAACCCGCUCCUGGCUCGCAGCGCUACAUUCGCGAUCGAAGGCGGAUACACGUCGCCGUGAUCAUCCUCUACCUGCUGUACACAGUCUACGAAGCCGAUUACCAAUUACGCCAACAAGGCGACUUUUACCAACUACUCGGCGUACCGCACAACGUCGACGAUCGGUCUCUGCAAUCCCGCUUCCGUCGCCUCACCGUUCAAUUCCACCCCGACAAGGCCACCGGCUCAGACAAGGCCUCCAUCGAAGCCAUCUAUGUCCGCCUAAAAGCCGCUCGCGACACUCUAGUCGAUCCAGCCAAACGAUUUGCCUACGACCGUUUCGGCCCUGACAUCCUCCGCUGGCAGUCCUGCAAGACACUUCCCGACUACGUGUACCAUGGCCUGCAGCAACUCUCCGUCUACUACGCGACUUCCGCCAUCGCGCUCAUCGUGCUCGGGUUGAUGGGCUACUUGAACAACGGCAUGUUCUGGCGAUACUUCGUCAUGGGAACGCUUUUCGUCGUGGAGAUGUACACCAUCACGCGCCCUCAUUUUCCCGUCCUCCUGGAGAAAUUCAUCAACCCUUUCCUCAUCACAACGGGUCUGAGACCGCCCUACCUCCCGUUUCAGAUGAUCAUCCUCCUACGAAAAAUCGCAGUCACGUUCUUCAUCGCCAUGUCCCAGCUAGGACCUCUUCUCCAAAGCGCAAGUCCAGGCAUGGAGGACCCAGCUGUUGUGUCGAUGCAGCAGAUCCAGCGAAUCGAAGCGGUGGCUGCUGCGGUGGACACGGAGCUCUCACGAUUGAUUGCGAUGGAAGUGAUUCCGUUUGGAAAUGAUGAAGCUUCGGUUGGAGAGUUGAAAGAGGGGUUGGUGGAUUGGUUGAAAGUCAAUACGGUGCGAAAUGAUCCCGAGGUGAGGGCGGCGAUGGCGAGAGUGUUGGAGAGGAGGAGAGCGGAGGGAAGGGAUCCCGGUGGCGAAAGACCUGCUGUUGGCGAGCGGUGA